CCGCAGCGGAGUCCGGGGCGGCGGCCGCGCGGACUGGCGGCGGGACAGGCUACGGAGAUCGCGCCACUUGCUGCAGCUUGCCUUUAAGAGGACAGAGCUGACAGCAAGAGGCUGAGAGAAGCCGGGCUGACAGUGAGGAGAGCAGAACCCCUCUGAGGUUGCCAUGGCUGCGGUUGACAGCUUCUACCUCUUGUACAGGGAAAUCGCCCGGUCUUGCAAUUGCUAUAUGGAAGCGCUGGCCCUGGUGGGAGCCUGGUACACAGCCAGAAAGAGCAUCACGGUCAUCUGUGACUUCUACAGCCUGGUCAGGCUGCACUUCAUCCCUCGCCUGGGGAGCAGGCCUGACCUCAUCAAGCAGUAUGGAAGAUGGGCUGUCGUCAGUGGGGCCACAGAUGGCAUUGGGAAGGCCUAUGCUGAGGAGUUAGCAAGCCAUGGACUCAACAUCAUCCUGAUCAGCCAGGAAGAAGAGAAGCUGCAGGCUGUGGCCAAGCACAUAGCAGACACCUACAGAGUGGAGACAGUUGUCAUGGUGGCGGACUUCAGCAGAGGCCGGGAGAUUUAUGCUCCAAUCCGAGAAGCCCUGAGAGACAGAGACAUUGGCAUCCUGGUGAAUGAUGUGGGUGCAUUCUACCCCUAUCCCCAGUAUUUCACCCAGCUUCAUGAGAACACACUCUGGGACAUUGUGAAUGUGAACAUUGCGGCUGCAAGCUUGAUGGUCCACAUAGUGCUUCCGGGAAUGGUGGAGAGAAAGAAGGGUGCCAUCGUCACAGUGUCUUCCGGCUCCUGCUGCAAGCCCACACCACAGCUGGCUGCCUUUUCUGCAUCCAAGGCCUAUCUGGACCACUUCAGCCGAGCCCUGCAGUAUGAAUAUGCCUCUAAAGGAAUCUUCGUGCAGAGUCUGAUCCCUUUCUACGUGACCACCAGUGUGACUGCACCUGGAAGCUUCCUGCACAGAUGCCCAUGGCUGGCACCUUCACCGAGAGUGUAUGCGCAACAUGCCGUGUCGACCCUGGGCAUUUCGAAAAGGACCACAGGCUACUGGUCUCACUCCAUUCAGUUUCUUUUUGCACAGUAUAUGCCUGAGUGGCUCUGGGUUUGGGGAGCAAACCUUCUCAACCGAUCUCUACGGAAAGAGGCCUUAUCCUGCCAAGCCUGAAUCCGGAAGCUCCAGAGAAGCUGGGCCAAGCCACAGUAACCUGCAGUGUUCCAGCAUUUGGAAAACACAUGUAGUUCACCUGUGUGUUGUCUCUUACUGAGUAUCUAGUGUGUUGCCAUCUUUCAUGAGGCCGACUUUCAGUCUGUGAGAAAACCUCAGGGACCACAUGGGUGGCCCAGGGCACACAGCCACAAAGCCUGAGAACAGAAGGGAAGGCUUCCCUAGCACUUAGACUGUGACUGGCCAGCUUCUGUAAGGGAAAUCACAGCCACAAAGCCUGAGAACAGAAGGGAAGGCUUCCCUAGCACUUAGACUGUGACUGGCCAGCUUCUGUAAGGGAAAUCACUUUUUUCCCAUUUAUAGGUGAUUAUAGUAUUAGCUUUCAAAUGUUCACAUGGGUGGCUCAUGUCUUUUUAAUCCCAGCAAUUGGGAGGUAGAGACAGGUGGAUCUCUGAGUUUGUCUGGGCUAUGUAGGGAGUUUUCUGGCCAGUCAGGGAUAUAUAAUUAAAACCUAUCUCAAACAAUAAUAAUGUUCACCAGGAAGGCAACAGAAAAGUGUUUUUAUUUUCUAAUUUGUGAACUGUGAGUGCAGGUGAUGUUAGCAGUAGACACGUGUGUCACACCACAUAGCUCCGUGUGAGGGCAUGUGUGUGUGUGCACUGCUUUUCCCUUCUGUCCCCUUAGAACCAUGUGUGUGUCGUGUGCUGUGUGUAUCUGAGCGAUGUUAUUGAUAUGACUUCAAUAGAGACUUUGUCAGGACGAGGUAAUGGAGAGCCUUACCAUAUUAAAAAGUCCGGGUUACUCCUUUCCACAUGGUAAAAGCCUGCCCAGCUCUGUCUUGGGCUCACCAUGUCGAUGCUGCUUCCUUUGAGUGUUGUCUCUCUACUCUAUGGGAGGGUUUCAUUCCUAGAUUGGGAUAUGUAAUAGGUUAUCUUUUGGUUUCUAAGUUAAUUGUUGUGGCUAAGUAGUGAUGCUCAGUACAUCCAUGUUGUAACUGACCCCUUCAGAGAUGCUUACAGCUGGUUUUCAUUCACUUUUCUGUGUAAUCCAGUAUCAUCCCAGGAGCAUUGUUGAUAAAAAUCAAGUGUUUGUGGAAUAGUGGUUAAAAUAUGAGCAACUUUUGUAUGUGGUAUGAGGUAACUGGAAAUGAUGUUAGAAGCUCAUUUUUGGCCUGUGUAAUGAAUGUGUACAUUAUAGCAAAUGCUUUUAUUGGUGUGAAGAUAAUUUACACAAACCCUCACAAUAUGGGUGAGCAUUGAAACUUACUGUGUUUAGUUCUGUCUCAUAAAACCAAACACUUGUAAGGGUUUCUUGGCUGGUACUUGGGAAACUAUAAGUCAUGAUAUGGAGGAUACUGUGUGGUAGGGUGGAAGAAUGUGGCACUUACCAUUGUGGCGUUGAUGCUGUACCUGGAAAUGAAAAUGGGUGAAAUGCUAGGACUUGGGUGGAAUUAUUUUAGGUGACAUUCUAUUACCUAUAGGCCCAAGUGCACUUUUAUGUUGAACACACACAUUGUCCACAGUAUCACCUGCAGCAUUUCUAGCUGUGACUGGGAUCCGGAAGAUCAGUGGCUAGAUUCUGAAGUUCUUCCUGUCUUCAGUUAUGUCUUCAAAACAUGUGCAAAACUCCAUGUUUGCAGACAGUAGCAGAAGAACAUUGGUGGAGACUUCUGUGAGAGUUUUCUGAUAAGCCACAGCAACUCCACUUGAAACACCCUCAGGCAUGAUUCCAUGGGGGUGGGGGCAGAAAGGCAGGAGACUCAGGAGUUCAAGGCCAUCAUGAGCCACAUAAUGAAACCAUGGUUCAGGAAACAGAAACCAUAGCAGGAUCACACUGUCAAUUCUGUGUAAGGUCCUGUGGUCCAUUAUUCAGACUUGCCAGGCCAAGUACGGAGUCCUUCUGUGUGAUAAAAAGAUGUCCACACUGUCGGUGAUGGCCCCUCAGCAGGACUCAGCUAGAACUUGAUCAUUGGUGCAGACUCAGAGCACAGUGAUCAUGGAUCCAGUAAAAGACCCAAACCAGGCAUCCUUAGGCUUCCUAGCUUUCAUACUCAAUCCCUCCGCUGAGAGCUCCUCCUUUCACUGUGGACAUGUUUUGUUUUUACCAAGGAAGGAGGCGCUCUGAACUCCAGCCUUUGUAACCUAUCCUGUGAAUUGAAAUGUAACAAUAAAAGCAUCACUGUUUCCUUCA